AUGAGAGCAUUUCAGUCACGGAGGGAUCAGCAUGAUGGUCCUGUGCGGCGAACUGUGUACAAAAAUACGAAGUACCUGCAUAAUACGUCACAGAGCAGAUCUUAUUGGACAUGGGGACUGCUUGCAUACGGGCUGAGAGGCUGUGAGGGACGUGGCGUCAACAAGUUCCCAUCGUCUCGCGCCAGAGUGCCGUGGACAACAACACCGUCUUUUCUACCCCGUAUUCUCUUAGAAAAACAUGGUCUUUUACAGCUCUGUAUAUCCUCAUUCAACUUGCAAUAUUUGUUGUCGUCACUCUUCGAUUUGCUCUGCAACUACAAUAUUGAAAGAACGAAGCCUGAUUACGUCGAGAAAUCAUGUUGCUCAACCAACGACUUCUGCACUGCCCCUUCAGCAAGGCAGGCAGGCAGGCAGACAGAACGACAGACACGGACUGCAUUUCAGCUCAUCUUCCUUCAUAUUCUCCAGUUAGCUCUUUGCAAUCAAUCAUUUUUCGCUUCUCGCAGGUUCUUUUGUGACCGUCGUAUCGUCUCUUCGUCCCUGUGCUUCGACCCAUCACAAAGCCAAAUUUCUUGUCGGACUCGAGCCACUCCACGUUAA